AUGGAUUAUAAGUUUAUUUUGAAAAAACAAGAAUUAUAUGUCAAUAUCGACAUGAACAAUAAGGUAAUAGAAGGAAAUACUGUCAUGAAUAUAUCACUUAAUUUACCUAUAUAUUAUUUGUAUGAUGAAAUUGAUUUUAUGAAGAAUAAUUAUGAUUUAAAAAGAAUAAAAAUUAUUAAAGGAGAAAAAAAAGAAAAAGAGGAAAAAGAAGAAAAUGAAGAAAAAGAGGAAAAUGAAGAAAAAGAAGAAAAAGAAGAAAAAGAAAAUAAAAGGAACACAAAAGAAAUAUUUCUUGAGGAUGACGAAGCUUAUAUUAAUUUUCAAAAAAAGAAAAAAGAUAAAAAAUUAUUUAUGGUUGUUCAUAUUCCAAAUAACAUUCAUUCAAGUAAGUAUUAUGAUAUUAAAUUAAAUGAAAAAGAUGAAAAAAGAUAUUAUAUAAUAUAUAAUAGCUUAAAAGAAAAUUUACAUGUUUUCGAAAAAAAAAAUGAAAAUAAUGAAUACGAUAAUGACGGAAAUAUAAAACCUUUAACAAAAAAAAAGAAAAAUUCAAAACUAAUUAAAAUGAAUAAAAAUAAAAAAAUAAUUUCCUCAUUUCAAGAAAAGGAUUCUAGUUACAGCAAAGAUCUUUCUAUAAAUGAAAAAAUGUCAUUAAAAAAUAAAAUGAACUCUAAUAAUUAUUUAACAAAUAUCACAGACAGUGGAGAAGAAAUAAAUAAUGAAAAUAUAUGUCCAUAUAAUGAAUCAGUAAAUAUAAAAUCUUUUAAAUACCACCAUAUUGAAACAAGAAAAGAACAAAGCACAAAAAAGGAAGUAGAGCAGACAUAUACAGGAGAUCAUUAUGAAAAUGAUAUAGUAAAAAAUGAAUAUAUAGGAGAAAAAAAAAAAAAAAAAAAAGAUAUAAACGAAUAUGUUUUAAAACAAGACAAUAUGUGUAAUAAUAAGUACAAAAUAGUUAAAAACGAAGAAAAUAUGUGUAGAGAAGAGCAACCAGAAUUAUAUUUUAAAGAAAAAGGAAGUAAAACAGAAGAUAUAAAAGAAAAAAAGCUGAUAAUAGAUAGAAAAAAAAAAUAUAAAGAAAAAAAAACAAAAAGAAAAAAUGAAAUAGAAGAUAAAGAAAGGGAUAAAGAUAAUAAAAAAUUUAAUGAAAAAGAUACUGAUGAAGACGAAAAAGAAAAUUAUGAACGAAAAAAAGGAGAAGGAAGUAGAGAAGAUGAAGAAGAAGAUGAAGAAGAAGAAGAGGAAGAAGAAGAAGAGGAGAAAGAUGAAGAUGAAGAAGAAGAAGAAGAGGAAGAUGAAGAAGAAGAGGAAGAAGAGGAAGAGGAAGAAGAGGAAGAGGAAGAAGAGGAAGAAGAAGAAGAGGAAGAGGAAGAAGAGGAAGAAGAGGAAGAAGAAGAAGUAGAAGAAGAAGAAGAAGAAGAGGAAGAUGAAGAGGAAGAGGAGGAGGAAGAUGAAGAAGAAGAAGAAGAAGAGGAAGAAGACGAAGAAGAAGAAGAGGAAGAAGACGAAGAAGAAGAGGAGGAAGAAGAUGAAGAUGAAGAUGAAGAGGAAGAGGGAGAAGAGGCAGAGGAAGAAAAGGAGGAAGAUGAAGAUGAUAAUAAAAAUAACAAUGGUGAAAAAAAUUGUAACAUAAAUGAUUAUAUUAAUGUGAAAAGUUUGGGUGAAGAAGAACUAGAAGAAUAUAGAAAUAAUGAAAUAGGAGAAAAUAAAUAUGAAAGAUACCAUAAAGCAGAAAGCAAUAGAAGCGAAAAAAAGUCAAAAUUUUAUUAUAAUGAAAAUUAUGAAAAAAAUAAAAUUAAAAAAGACAAAAAAAAAAAAAGGAAGAAAAAAAAUAAUUUUGAUAUUAUAGAUUUUCUUUCUUUAAAUAAAUAUAUAGAUGAAAAUAAUUUAAAGGAAGAUAGCUAUAUGUUCAUAGCAAUAAAUGAAGAAAUUUUCAAUAGAGAAAAGGAAAGAAAUUAUGAGAAAUUUCAAGAUUUUUGUAAAAAUGAUACUAUUUUAAUAAAUAAAAAAGAACAGUAUAAUAUAAAAAUAAAUAUAACUGUGAAUAUAAAUUUUAAGUUUUUCAAUUUAACUUCAUAUUAUAAUAAAGUGUAUUUUAAAAAUAAUGAUAAUUUACUUAUAACAUUGCAAAACUAUGCUAAAGGUAAUACUUGGUUUCCAACAUUAUCUAAAUUUGAUAGUGUUUAUUCAAGAUGUUCAUGGCUAUGUGUAUUUAAAAUUUCUAAACCUUAUUUUGUUAUUUCAUCAAACAGUUUGAUAAAUAUUUAUGAAAUGUUUGAUAAAAAUUGUUUUGUUUAUAAGACUACAAAUAAAAAGAGUAAACUUUUUCCUGAUCAAAUUGGUUUAUUUGCUGGUAAUUUUAUUUUUUUACAUUUAAAUAAUUUAAAUUUUAAAGAUUUUCAAAAAAUUGAUUAUGAGUUUUUAUAUAAAAAUGAGUUUUUUUCUAAAAGUGGUAAGAUACAUUCCACUGAACAAUAUAGUAAAUCAAAAAAUAAAAGUAAUGCAAAUAAAAAUAAUCCUGAUAUGUUGAAAAACAAAAAAAUGAAUUUUAGCGAACAUCAUAAGCAAAAUGUAAAUUCUUCAUUAAAAAGAAAAUAUAGUUCUUUAAACAAUUUAAGUAAUGAUUAUUACAAAGAUAUAAAUGAUAUGGGUAUUGAUAAGGAUGAAAAUAAUGAUGAGAAUAAUGAUGAAAACAGAGAAAAAAAAAAAAAAAAAAAAAUAUUAUUGAAUGAAAAUGAUAUUUACAAUAAAAAUAAUUAUAGAGAUAAUGUUACAAAUGAGGAAUAUUACAACGUAAAGAAAAAUUUUUAUUUAAAUGAUUAUGAAUUAGAAGAAAAUUGUAAUAGUAUUAGCACAACAUAUGAUUAUCUUAUAAAAAAUAAUAUUAAAGAAGAGAAAUAUAAUUAUUAUGAAAAAAUAAAUAAUAAAAUUGUUCCAAAUAUUUUUGUAUUUUCUAUAAAAAAUUAUGAAAAUGAAUUAAUUUAUUCUAAUCUUCAUAUAGGUCAUAUAUUAAAAUGUUUUUUUGAUAUUAGUAAAGAAAGUUUUCCUUAUGAUAACUUAAUAAUAUUAUUUAUUCCUUUAAAUUUUUCUAAUUUUGAAAAAUAUUAUAAUUCAGAAAAUAUUGAAUGUUCUAUUAAUUCUCACACAUAUGAUGACAUUAAAAAUGGAUAUAAUUUAUUUUCUAAUAGCAAUAUAUUAAAUUAUAAAAUAACAGAACCAUAUGUAUAUUUAAAAAAUAAUAAAUAUUUUAUAUUUGGAAAUGUUAUUAUAUUUUCAACUCAGAUUUUACACAAUAUAUAUGAUGUAUUAUUUAAUAUAAAUAUUUAUAGUUAUAAGAUUAUAAUAGCUGAAGGAAUUUUAUCUUUAUGGUUUGAAUAUUAUAGUAACUUAUUAAAAAAUGAAAAUAUUUAUUUUAUUUAUAUGCUUAAAUGCUUUGCUUUACAAAAAUAUAUUGAAAAUAUAUUUGGUAUAGUUGAAUUGAAUGCGAUUUUUUAUGAGAUAAGAGAAAGAUAUUGUUCAUUGGUAGAAAUUUUUGGAGACGUUAAUUUAUACCAUUUUUACGAAAAAAAUAAAAAUAAUGUAUCAGAAAAUUUUAUUAGUCACUAUGUUUUUAAUAAUAUAUUUUUUCUUAAAUGCUUUUUAUGUGUGAGAAUAUUUUUUAAUAUCCUUAAAAAUUUUCCAUUUUGUAAUUCUAUUCAUCAAUAUUGUUUUUCAUUAUUUUUUACCUACUUCAAAAAUAAGAAAAAAGUGAUACAGUCUACAAAAUUUUGGAAAAAAGUUUUUAAUGAAUGUACAAGGAGAUAUAUAGAAAAUUAUAAGCAAAUGCCAAAAAAUAAAUUUAAAAUGAAAAAAGUAGACUUAAAUAUAAGUGAGUUAAAAAACGAGGAGCAUGAACAAUAUCAAUUAUUUGAAAAAUAUUUUUAUUAUUUUUUUAAAACAUAUAUUAAAGGAUAUGGUGUAUGUCAAUAUAUUUUAACAUUUAAUGUUCAUUUGCAAAGAAAAGGAACAUCAAUGGAUAGUUUUAAUUUCCUAAUUAGUCAAAACUCUAUAAAUCCAUUUUACUUUGUUGAUGAAAAUUUUCAUUCUAAUUAUUUUCUUUCUGAUAUCUCUUCAAUGACCGUUUAUGAUUUGUUAGAAUUGAAUAAAUAUAUUGAAUUAAAAAAUUUUAUUAAUGAUUUCAAUAAAGACAAAAAAAUGAAUAAGUAUUUAGAUAAAAUAUAUUUUGAUAAAUUAUUUGAAAUUCCUUAUAUAAUUGAUUUUUAUAACCUUGAAGAAAAUUUUUUGUCAUUUUUAAAAAAAAAUUACUAUCAUAUAGAUCAUUUUUAUGAAUAUCCAAUAAAAGAAUUUAGUAAAAAAUAUGUUAAAUAUAUUAAAAAACAUAUUGUAAAAAAAAAUAAAAAUUAUUUCUUUAUAAAAGAGAGAAUAAAAAAAAAAAGUAAUACGAAAUAUACACAUAUAAAUAAAAUGAAUCAUAUAAAAAAUAUUAAUAAAAAGAUGGAAAUUAAAGAAAGAGAUAUGGACACAAAUAUAAAAAGUGACGCUGAUUUUGGAAAUACUGAUAGCUAUCAUAACAAUAUGAGUAAAAGUGAUAAAAGAGAAAAUAGUAUGGAAGAGAUUACACUUAAAGAAAGUGAUAAAAAAGAUAAUGUUGACAAUAAUAAAAAAAAUAUUCUGAAAGAAAAAAAUGAAGUUACUGAGGAAAACAUAAAUCAAAGGAAAAAAGAAAAAAAAAGAAAAGUUCAACUUGUGAAAAAAAAAAAAAUUUUUAAGAAAAAAAAAAUUAAAAGAAGUAUUAAAAAUAAUAAUAAAUCAGUAGAAAUCAGAAAAGAAAAAUUAUCAAAAUACAUAAAAAUUAAUAAAAAUUAUAUAUUAAAAAAAAAAAAAGAAUUAAUUAAUUUGCCCUAUUCUAAUUUUGAUAGUUUAGAUUUAAUUGGAAGAGAUGGAAAUUUUUAUUUAGGUUUUGGUUAUGUAGGUUCUGAUGAUUUAACGUUAAGCACAGGAAGAGGGAAUUUAUAUAAUAAUAUAAUUGCCUUUCAAAAAUUAAAAAAUUGUAACAUACAAAAAUUAAGUGAAUUAUGUAUAGACAAACAUAAUAUUUAUGAAUAUAAUUCAUCUCCUUUUUACACGGAUUGCAUAUAUCCCCAAUGGAGAAUUGUACUUCGUUUAUAUUAUUAUUUACAAUUAUUGAAUAAAAUUUAUAAAAAAAAAAAGAUAAUAAAUAAAGGGUACUCAUUAAAACUAAAAAAUAAUGAAAUAGAUAUUUUUAAUGAUGUUAAAAAAAACAAAUUAUACGAAUUAAAAAAAAAGGAUAAGAAAAAAAAAAAAAAAAAAAAAAAAAUGAAAAAAGAUAAGAAAAAUAAAAAAAAAGAAAUAAAUGAAGAUAAUGAUGAUAAUAACAAUGAUUUUCUUUCUUCUUAUACCAAAGACAAUUUUAGUACAUUUAAUUCCUAUCAACAUAAAUGUUCACAUAAUACAGAAAAUAUAUUAGUUGAUGAAAAAAAAAAAAAAAGUAUAAAUAUGAUUAAAAAUGUUACAUAUGAAAAUGAAAAAAGUGAAAUAUGUACCCAUUCUGAUAAUAAAGAAAAACAUCAAGAAUAUGAUAAGAAAAGUAAUGAAGAAUGUGAUGAAAGCAGUUAUGAAGUUUAUGGGAACAAUGAAUAUGAGGACUAUGGUGGUAGGCACAAGUAUGAUGAACAUAGUGAGAAGGUUUAUGAUAAAUAUGAUAGUGGAACGGAAAAGUUAAAAAAAAAAAAAAAAAAAAAAAAAAAAAAAAAAAAAAAGAAAAAAGAAAAAAAAGAAAAAAAAAAUAUAAAAGAUAUAUUAAAUAAUAAAAAAUAUGUUGAGAGUUAUUUAAAUCCAUUUGUUUCAAACAAUGUUCCUUCAUCUGUUGAUGAAAACAAAUUUUUUUUCUGUCAUUUAAAAAUAGAAAUAAUAGAAGAUGAUGGAGUAAGAAUUGUUAGAAAAAAUUUAAUCAAUAACAUAACACCGACAAGAUUUAGUGUGAAUGCGAGACCAGAGAAAGGAAGAAAAAAAGUUGCUUUUAAACAUGAAGCUUUUAUUAAUAAAAGUGAAGAAUAUAUAAGUAGAAAUUCAAUUGAUAUGCCGAAUAAUUUCAUUAAUAAAAAUGUAAAGUUUGUAGGGGUUACUAAUGAUAGUGAUAAAUUUAUGAUUGAAUAUUGCAAACAAAAAAUUAUAAAAAAAGAUAAAUCUUUAUUAUGUUUAGAUAACAGGAAAUUGGUUGCUAAAAUUUGUAGUAAAAAUAAAAUACCAAUCUUAUGGAUAAGAAUUGAUAAUGAUUUUUUUAUUCUUGGAAGAAUAAGAAGAUCACAAAGUAUUAGUAUGUGGAUACAACAGUUAUUUAAUGAUAAUAAUAUUUUUUCUCAAUUAGAAUCUUCUUUUGCUUUAGCAUAUAUUCCUUUUUUUUAUUUAAACAAAAGUUUUUCCACUAAUUUUAGUGAAUAUAAAAAUAAUGAUAAUUCUCAAAAUGACAAUAAUAAUAAAAAAGAUAAUAUUGGGGAAUCCUCUAUUCAUUUUAUAAAAUCUGUAUUAAAUAAAAGCAAAUUAAAAAACAAAAAAAGUAAUUUAAAUUUUAAUAAUAUAAACGCAAAUAUUUCUUCUAAUGAUGCUUUAAAUAAUGAUCUAUUAAAUGAUAGUUUUAAUUUAGAGGAAGAUACUAGUAAAAGACAUCUGCUAAAUAAUAACAAUGAUUCUUUAAUUCUUGGAAAAAAAAAAAAUGCAAAUAAAAGCACUAAAAAAUUGAUGAAUAAUAUUAUUGAUUCUAAUUUUAUAGAUCAAAAUAAUUUAGAAAUUAAUAACGAUAAAGAAAAGUUAAUUAACAAUUUACAAAAUGAUUUUCCAAGUGAUUUAUUAAAAGAUGGAAAUCUAAGUAGUCAAACUAGUAGUUCUGGAAGUGAAUCUGGUAGUUAUUUUUCUAAUUUAACAACCUCUACUAUAGAUGAUUUUAAUGAAGAAUAUAGUAGUUCAUUAUAUAACUACACUAAUAUAAAUAAUAAAAGAAAAAUGUACAAAAAAAAAUGGAAAAAUUAUAUUUCAAUUACUAAUAUUCCAAUAAAUGUAGAAGUUAUUAAAUGUUUAUAUAAAUCUCUUACUUGUGAUUAUUUGCAUUAUUUAGUUAAAAUUAGAUGUGUUUAUUCGUUAUGCUUUAUUCAUAACAAAUAUUUAUGUACUCAAAAAAUUAUUCAAAAUUUGUUUUGUGAAUAUUUAUGUUACUUUUACGGAAAUAAUUUAAAUCAAAAAAAAUUUAUGCAUGCCUUUUAUAUUGCAAUGUCACUUUUAAGAAAUAAAAAUAACAGAACACCUAAAAUAAUUAUAUUUUUAUUAACCCAAAAAUGUGCAAAUUUUGUAUUUUCAUUAAAUUUAGAUGAUAAACAUAAAAUUAACAAGGAUUGGGAGAAUGAAAAGAAACUUAGAAUUCAACAACAUUACACUUCUUAUAAUAAGGAUGACAUUAUAUGUGACAAAACCGUUGAUACAAACUUACCAUAUAACUUAAAUCCUAAUAUAUAUGCAGAAUCAAAUUCCUUGAAUGAUUAUGAAAAUAAAAUAAAUUAUAAAAAUAUUUUAAACAUUAAUGAUAAAGAAAAUGAUUUAGAAAAUGAAAAUAAAUAUAUUUUAAAUAAUUUUGUAGACAAAGAAGACAAUGAAAUGAAUAUAAAAACGAAAAAAUUACAAAAUUGUGUAGAUGAAAAUCAUAUAGAGAAAAAUUCAAUAAAAAUUAAUGAUGUAGAAUCAUGUUAUAAUCAAAAAGUUUUCGCAAAUUCAGAAAAUAUUGAUCCAAGUAAGACAAAAAAAAACGCUCAUAAUAGUGAAAACAGUAGCAUUGACUUAAAUGAAUACUUAAAAGAAAAUAAAAAAAAAAGAUUUUCUAUAAGUAGUUUUACAAAUAACAGUGAUGAAUUUAUAGAUAACAAUAAUGUGAUAAAUAAAAUUAUUAAAAUAACACAUGAAUAUUCUUAUGAUACUAAUAAUUAUUCAUAUGAUAAUAAUAAUAAUAAUAAUAAUAAUAAUAAUAAUAAUAAUAAUAAUAAUAAUAAUAAUGGUUAUUUAAACAUUAACAAGUUAGAAAAAAAAGUAGCCUUUAAAAAAAAAAAUAAAAUUUCAUAUGUAAAAGAGACAAUUAUUGAAAAAGAAGAAGAAGAAGAUAUUAAGAUGGUUUUAGAAUGUUUAGGAAAUAUUAAGUAUAAACAAAGAAAUAUUUAUAAAGAUUUUAAUAACCUGUAUGAAUUAUCAAAUUAUUAUAGAUCAAAUAAUAAAGAAAAUUUGUUUUAUAAAUAUUUCUGUAAUUUAACUAGUAAAAAUAGUAGCUAUAAUAAAAAAAAAAAGAAAAAAGGUUAUGAUGCAUAUGAUUUUUACGAUAUAAAUAUAUAUGACAAAAAAAAAUUAGAAAAUCAUUUUUUAAAAUUAAAAAAAACAAAAAAAGAAUAUAUUGAAGAAUUAAUAAAUUUAAUAUUUAUAAUUUAUCAAUUAAAAAAAAUGUCUCCCUAUUUACAUAUUUCUGAUUGGAUUAUCAUAAUUUUAAUAAGAACUAUUAGUAGAAAUAAAAAUAUAUUGGAUAGCUUUAAAAAAAAGUUAUAUUUUGAAAAUAAGGAAUAUUUUGAUUUAUGCAAUUAUAUUCCAAGUUUUUCAAUUUCAACAAAAAUACAUCCUUCUAUAUCUUUAAAAAAUUCUUCUUUUUUUUUUGUUGAAAUUUUAAGAGCCCUUUUGCAUUUAAUUUUGGAGGGAAACAUUAGAGUUUAUCAAAUAUUUUACAAAAAUACAAAAGAAGAUUUAAAAGAAAAAAAAUGUACUUUUCUCAAUAAAAAUAUAAAUAAAAAUAAUUCAUUAAGUAGAAUAAACAAAAAAAAUUUUGAUAUCACUUGUGAAAAAGUAAAGGAGAAGGUUAUAAACGAAUCAGAUAUAUUUACAAAUAAAAAUUAUGAUGAGAAAUAUGAAUUAUUUAAUAGUGGUAAUAAUGAUGAUUAUUUUUUUAUAUCUACUUAUACCAACUAUGUAGAAAAAAAAAUGAUAUGUAGCCAUAUAUUGAACAUUUACAGUGCUUUUGAAUUUAGUUAUAAAAUUAUUAACAAGUUUCAUGAUUGUGAAUUAGAGAUGCAAAUAUGGAAUCAUAUGUAUCAAAUUCUUCUGAUAUUCCAGCAAAAAUAUCCUUUUUUCUUUUUGCCAUUUUCAAAAAAUUUCGAUAAAUACUUUAAAGAAUAUCAGAAAAAAAACUUGACUAUUUUUGAAUUUUAUUAUUUAUUAUAUGGUUUGAAUAAAAUUAAUUCGUUUGAAAAAUUUAAUUUUGGUGAAACAAAAAAAAACUUAUGUGACAAUAAUUAUGAUAGUGAAAUUUUUUAUGAUUUUAAUAUACAAAAUAUUUUUACCACAAAAAAUAAUAUUAAUUUGUUUUUUUUAAAGAAUAAAUCAUAUGGGAUUUAUAAAUAUAAUAUAAUUGGUUAUGUAAAAUUAGUAGACAUUUUAAAAUCAAUAAAAAAUUCAAAUAAAUUAAGAAAAAAUUUUAUACAAAUAACUUACAUAAAAUAUUUAGUUAAAUAUAUUCAUAAUUUUUUACGAAAAUUAAUAAUUAAUAUAUCAAAUACAAACACAAAUUAUUUUAAAAAUUCAAUUUUAUAUGAUUUGAAAAAUAUAUUUUUAUUUUUUUAUGGAUAUGGUAUCCCACCUUUUAAUUCAAAAAAGAAUGCUAAAGUUUAUAAACCUCAUUAUUCUCAAUUAAGUAAUAUAACGAGUAAAGGAGUACAAAUAAAUGACUUGAUAAAAUUUUUACGAACAUAUUAUGAUAACAAUAAAUUAUUAGAAUGGAAAAAGGUUGCAUCUGAGUUUGUAAAUGUUUUGAUGAAUAUGAAGGAACUUGAAUUGUUUAUUGACAAUCCAACCAUAUCGUUGCAUAAUUACAAUUUUGUUAAAGAAAAUACAUGGUUAACAUUAAUUAGUGCAAAAUUAAGAAAUGAUAUUUAUAAAUUACCUAUGGAUUUAAAAAGAGAUAUAGUUCUUUUAUUAAAAAAUAUUCGUUCGGUUGAUAUGUGUUCAGGUACUAACCAUUAUGAAUAUGUUAAUAAUAUUUUUACUGUAUGUUGGUUUAUAAUUGUCAAAAUAUUUCAAAAUUAUGAAAAAAGUAAAAGAAAUACUUGA